AAAGAGCUUGCUGUCGUCAUCUCAUUGCGAUAAAAGCGAGCAGGAAGCUCCAAACCCGAUAACCUGCCGUCGAACAUCAACCGUUUCCAGAGGACAGCGCCCCGAACACAGCCGCAAAAUGAAAGCUUUCAUCGCUCUUUGCCUUCUUUCAACCGCCGCGCUGACGAGUGCCGCUGCGGUUGCGAGGGGUGGUCGUCUAGGAAGUGACGUGCGUGUAGGAGGCAGAGCACGCGGUCGCCUGUAUGCCGGCGUCGAUAGAGUUGGUCCUCAAGGAUUCCCAGGAUUUACCGCAUCAGUUGGAGGCGAUGUCGGUGCACACGUUGGUGGAACUGCCGGCCUGGGACUAACCAGCCAUGGCUAUGGUUACCCUUCAUGGGGCUAUCCUUAUGGCGGAUACGGCGGUUAUGGCGGCUAUGGUGGAUACGAUACGGGUUUUGGCUCUGUGUACGGCGGCUACCCAGAUUAUGGCUACUACGGUGCAUACACUCAACCUGGUGGCUACUACAACUAUCCCAGUGGCUACGGUAGUAGCUACAGUGGUAGCGCCGGCUUUCCUAACGUUCGUGCUUCAGCCGGUGCAAGAACUUCGGCUUCUGCUUCAGCGUCACAAUAAAGCAUCAUGAAACACUCUAUCGAGAAAUAUGGAAGUUCUCAGAAAUGCGCAGGCCAUGCAAACUAUAACAUAGCUUCAACACCACUUCGUCGAGCUCGAGAGUAAAACAACACUAUUCCGUA